AUGUCAGCCGGGAACGUCAGCUUUGUUAAGGAAUUUUUUAUUGUUGGUUUUCCUGGGCUUCAAAAGAGAUACUUUGACUCAGUGGCUGCUCUGAUGCUUUUUGUCUUUGUGUGUAUCUUAGCAGGGAAUGGAACAUUUCUAAUACUUUUUAGACUGGAAAAAAGCCUCCAUAAACCUAUGUAUUAUAUCAUCUUAAACUUAGUUGCAAGUGAUAUAUUAUUUAGCACUACUACCCUGCCAAAAAUUAUUGCUAGGUAUUUGUUCCAAGAUGGUAGUAUUUCAUUUAUGGGUUGCUUCAUUCAAAUGUAUUUUGUGCAUUAUUUUGGUUCAAUCAAUGCUUUUAUCCUGGCAAUAAUGGCCUUUGAUAGAUAUGUAGCCAUUUGUAAUCCCUUAAGAUAUCCCAAUAUAGUCACAAAGUGGAACAUUUUCUAUCUUUGUCUCAUUUCAUGGGUUAUAACAAAUGUAACCCCUUUAAUGAUGGUAAUAAGAGCUUACCCUCUCCCAUACUGCGCAGAAAACACCAUUAUACAAUGUUACUGUGAUCACAUUUCUAUAACAUCGCUUGCAUGCACCAAUCGUGCACCAUAUAGCAUUCCAGCUUUUGUUCUUGCUAUGGUUGUGUUGCUUACUCCCCUGGCCUUCAUAGUUUUCUCUUACUGUGCCAUCAUUGUGGCAGUUCUGCGUUUAUCAAGCACUCAAGCAAGACUGAAGACUUUCUCCACCUGCAGUCCUCAGCUCAUUAUAAUUGCUCUCUAUUUUCUACCCAGGUGUUUUAUUUAUUUAUCAAGCAAUAUCGGCAUCAACUUCAGCACUGAUUUGCGAUUAGCCAUUAUUAUGAUGUAUAGUUUGUUUCCACCCAUGAUCAACCCUCUCAUUUAUUGUUUAAGGACAAAAGAUGUAAAAGAAUGCUUAGUUAAAAGAUUUAAAAUCUCAAUGAAUGUCAAGUUUAAUCUAACAAAAGUUGACAUAUCCACAGUAUCUUCGUAA